AUGCGAAGUCAUACCUCGAGAGUUCCUAGUACACUCGCGACCCAUUCGAGAUACGUCGAGGUCAGAUCUAGACCUAUCGGGAAUCAAGAUGCGUAUACGGCAUAUAAUACUUCGCCCGACAAGAUGACAGGCUCCUACAACCCCGGGCGAGAUAGGCGCCCGCUAUCUUCUGCUUUCACCCGAAUUAUACGACAUGCUGCCAACUUGUCGUCUCUUCCCGGUGUCUUGUUGGGUUCAUUAAUAGCAUCCAGUUGGAUCCAUCCGGUGUCCGCUAUGAUGGUUUCGUUCACCAACUGCCUCCCUGACAACUAUAUUUAUUCCAACCAACCAGCAGAACAAGUCCAACUCCAAUGGGUCCCCAAAUUUGUCGAAGCCGUGUUCGAUACAGAGAACCCGACUCAUAAUCUUAUGGUUACAGUUUGGGGGAAUGUCACAGGUCGCGUUGGUAGCGAUCCAUUACCAGCGCCAGACUCUCCGGAUUGGAACGAUCCGAAGAAAGCACUGAAUGGAAAGAUACAGAACGAACCCGAACCAAAUGUGCCGGUCGAGCAAUUGAAAGUGACUACGUUACACAGCAAAGUCGAUGUCUUGACGUACGAACCUUUUACGGCGAACGUAAAUUUCUGCGAUAACAUAGUAAAUGGAUCGUGUCCGCUUGCCCCCGUUUUCGCAAAUUUAGCAUGGAACCAAACUGAUGGGCUUCCUUCUUUCAAUCUCACGAAUGACUUUUCCUCGACAUAUUCUUUCACAUCAUUCGCUCCCACGUUUAUUAUCUGGUAUGGCGAUGCUGCGAAAACCUCGAUUGGGUGUGUGUCCACAGUCGUCACCCCAGAUCUUGGCGGAAUAGCAUGGUCUCUCAAGUUCGUUCCAUUGUUUAUUCUAAUAGCGGUUGGGUUUGCGACGGCUUUUUCGGGAAUUUUCAGUCCCUGGGGCACUAGCGACAUCUUCCAUUGGACCUCCAAUUACGGCAGAGAUCCCGAUUUACUGCGUCUAGUAACCCCUGGAUUUGGCGAUUGUCUCCAGUAUAUCCAAUUUGCUAUUUUGACCGGUAGUCUUACCCUUGAAUACCCCGGGUUCUACCAGCCAGUUGCGAGUCAGGUGUCGUGGUCCGUAUUGAUGUUCAACCAAAGCUUUGUUUCAAAAGCAGAGCCCUGGAAGAAUUUAAUCGACGGUUUAUACUAUACCAAUAGUACUUAUGGCCUAGAAAGAGUUGCGCAACUAGACGGAAUAGGCCAAGUCGACGAUAUUUGGGCUGGUAUGAUGGUAUGGGUGCUUGUCAUCAUUGCCGCCGUAUCCGUCCUGACACAAGCUGGUUUCUUCUUCCGAUGGCUCCUUCGACACGUUAACCACGUUCCUGAGGAAGAUCUUCGUGCCAAGAAUAUACCUUUUGCCCUGGGCAAUAUCAUCCGUCUUGUCUUUGGCUAUUUUCUACUCCCUAUUGUUGCAAUUUCCACCUUCCAACUUGUUGUUGCAGUACAAUCCCCAGGAUAUAUAGUCGGCCUGGCGGUUGUGACCUUAGCCUUGAUCAUUGGAUUUGCGGUAUGGUUUAUGUACCUCAUCGCAACCAGAAGACCAAGGGCGCAUCUUUUUGAUGAUUUAUCAACCGUGCUACUUUAUGGCCCUCUUUACAACACAUAUUCCGACGAAGCAGCUGCCUUUGCGGUCAUUCCAAUUAUCUUAACGAUCAUGCGAGGCAUCGCUAUUGGCGCCGUCCAGAAAUCUGGCACUGCGCAGGUUGUCAUAUUAGCCGUAUGCGAAGUAAUCCAAAUAUUAACACUUCAUGCAUUCCGACCUUUCCAUUCACCCACUUCGAUGAAUGCUUACCAUACGGGGUUUUCAAUAGUCCGCUUUAUAGCGGUCAUUUUAAUGGUGGCAUUUACCCCAAGUUUAGGAGUGUCAGAAGGUCAAAAAGGAUGGAUUGGCUACGCAAUUUUAUUGAUACAUGCCUGUGUGCUGGUAUUUGGCUUUUUCCUUAAUGCUCUGCAAACAAUAAUCGAGGUUAUCGCACGUUUGCUGGGCGCCGGAGGCGACGAUAUUGAUGGACAGACUAGGGGUGGAUUAUCGAAAAUAUUUGGUGCUCGCCAAUUGUCAAGGCGAGUGGAUCGUGGUGGUCCAUCCCGACAGAGCCAACUUAGCAGUACCGCUAUGUUGAGCUCCGAGAAUGCUACUAAGAGAGGUUAUGGACGCGUUAGAAGUGAGUCCGCCGGUAGCAUCGGAAUUCUCAUGGGACCACAGCAGAGGAGCUCCAGUGCUCUUGACGCACGAAGCUUAGAUGCAUCGUCAAUCCCGUUAGGUAGUGGUGGUGCUUUUACCCCGACGACGACAACCCCUGGAGAUGCUAGUACCUUCUCCUUUUUGCCGUCCCCGGGACAAGCCACCCGUCCUCAACCUACUGCAGACCCCUACUACCGACCGCCGCGUGCUCGCCGAGCGACUAUUGACGAGAUCGGUUCAUCGUCUCCACAUCGAAAGCACGGUUCCUUGGGUAGCAUUGAUUUGCCAACCCACCGGCAUAGCCAAUUCGAGAGACAACCCAUAGACGGAGAUGAUUAUACUCCUGGCCCAGCGAGACUAAAUCCAGCUCCAGCUCCGAUAACCUAUAUACCCGUCUUUGCCCCUAGAACCGACUAUUCAACCCGAGAGGUAGAUUUCUACUACGGCGUACGAGGACCAGCAUUGAACUCGGAGGGACUGGGUCGCAAGUUGGGUACAGGGCCAGCAGAUCCUACGAGCCCGGUAGCAACCGCUACCGGAUGGCUUAAGCGUCUUUUUGGCGGCAAAACGAAAGAGAAGGGCAAGGGCUUUGAGGUAGUCAGAAGUGCUAGGAUGCCGCCGGCAAUGAAGGCGAGGGGUGGCGAGUUUAGCGACGAUCCGCCGGAAGGUAUUCCUGUUGCGAUGGGUGUAAUGCGAAAUGGACCGAUAGAGAGUGAUGAUGAGGACGAUGCCCCGCGGUCAAAGAAGAGCAAGCAUGUCCGUGAAGACAGUACUCAAGGCGAAUUGCUGAAUGAAGACGGCGAACCUCAAUCGGAUGACGAGACAGACUCGGAGAUUCCAAAAGUGUCGAAGGACCCACCGCUUUUACCAGAUCUAGAUGCAGGUGAAAGCUUCAGAAUCCCUAGUAGAAUGCAUUCCAAGGCCAGUCGGCACCCGUCGCAAAGGACAGCGAAGGCAGCAUCAGUGAUGGAAGAAGUUCCGGCGGUACCCGAGGUACCGAGGAAGAGCUCAAAACGAAACUCUAGUGCCGAUCCAUUAGGUACUAAACGACUUUCGCAAGUAGGAUCUACUGGGGCAUCAUCGUCGCAUUCACAGCCUAGUGGGUCACGACCUUCCGGAGGGCCUCCAGCAAGAUUACCGUUCGAUCGAAGCAAUUCACAGAAACGACAUUCAAUGUCGUCUACAACGGCGACGGAAGACUCGGCUCAUCUCCCUUCGGCUAAUAGCGCUGAUGAGAGGCCUACAAGCUACGGCUACGUAAAUCAGCAUAAAACAAGCAGAGUUGAUCCCGAGCAGAGGGUGGAUCUGUUGGGAAGCUCUGCAGAGGUGGUGGAUGUUACGAGGAAACCAAGUCCAAAUUCAUCGGCAUCAAGGCGAUCUUAA